AUGGGACUAACCAGCCACCGCAAGGCACAGAUCGCCCUCUUUGUGGUCAUCCUGAUUGCCUAUCUGAUCUCCAUGGUGAGCAACCUAUUCAUUAUCAUGGUGGUCCGGCUCGACUUCCGCCUCCACACCCCAAUGUAUUUCUUCCUCACCAACCUCUCUCUCUUGGAGAUGUGUUUUACCAGCAGUGUCAUGCCCCAGAUGUUGGCUCACUUGCUAGCUAAGACUGGAAGGCUCUCAUUCUUGCACUGUACUUUCCAGAUGUUUAUUGUAUGCUCUCUGACAUGCACUGAAGGGCUGCUGCUGGGUGCCAUGGCCUAUGACCGGUACCUGGCCAUCUGCUGUCCCUUGGUGUAUGCUGUGGUCAUGGGCAGGGGACGCUGCUUGGUUCUGGCUGCCGUCUCAUGGGUAGGAGGCUUCCUCUUCUCUGGGAUGAUUACAGUCUUUAUUAUGCAGCUCCCUUUCUGCGGUCCCAACUCCAUCAAUCACUUCAGCUGUGAGUAUGUCAUGGUGAUUAGGCUAGCAUGCGCUGACACUAGCUUCGCAGAGGCCAUCAUCUUAGGGGCAGGAGUGGUCAUCCUACUUGCCCCACUGGCUGCUAUCCUCAUCUCUUAUGGACUCAUUCUGAUGACCGUCAUGCGUAUGAGCUCAGGUGCAGGCCGGAGUAAGGCCUUCUCCACAUGUGCCUCUCACCUGAUGGUGGUCACCAUCUUCUAUGGGUGCCUCAUUGCCCUGUACAUGAGGCCUCGGGCAGGUACAGACCUCAGCCAUGAUAAACAUGUUGCUAUGUUUUAUUCAGUGAUCCCCCCUCUCCUCAACCCCAUCAUCUACACCUUACGGAACAAGGACGUCCAUGCUGCUGUUGCCAAGGUGCUCAAAACAGAACUGCUGAUCACAAAUUCUGAAUGGUCUUGA